AUGUGUGAUAUUCGACCAUAUAAAAACCAAGUCUAUGAGGUUUUGAAAAGUAAACAUGAUUCGGAUAAUCUCUUCGUUGAUUCGGAAUUUCCGGCAACGAACAAGUCAAUCUAUCAUACUGGAAAACACUUAGCAGAUGUGAAAUGGUAUCGACCAACGACAGUUUUUCAAAAACCACAAUUCGUUAUUGAUGGUUUCCAACGUGGUGAUCUGGAUCAAGGCGAGAUCGGCAAUUGCUGGUUUAUCGCUGGAGCUGGUGCUGUAACACUCAAUCCCGACCUGCUUCAACGUGUUGUGCCGCCAAAUCAAACAUUUGACGAGGAUAAUUACGCAGGUAUUUUUCAUUUUCGUUUUUGGUUGUAUGGUCAAUGGUACGACGUUGUUGUUGAUGAUCAAUUACCAUUUCAUUCGGAUGGUCGACUUGUCUUUUGUCGCAAUAAAAAGGAUAAAAAUGAAAUGUGGGCACCACUGUUAGAAAAAGCCUAUGCCAAAUUAUGUGGUUCCUAUGAGGCAAUGGAAGGUGGAUUUACUACAGAUGCGUUGAUUGAUAUGACUGGUGGUAUCGAAGAAGCGUUUGAAAUUAACAAUCCUUCAGCGACGAAAGAUUUUAAAGAGCAAAUUAAACGUGUUCUUUGGCAAGCAUAUCUACGUAAAUCGAUGCUCGGAUGUUCAAUUACAGCUGAUCCAAGAAUAACCGAAGCUAAACUGCCGAAUGGACUCGUUAAAGGUCAUGCUUAUUCGAUUACACGAGUUGCUGAUGUUACAACUGAUCAAGGAAGUGUAACAUUGAUUCGAUGUUUAAACCCAUGGGGAAAUGAGACAGAAUGGAACGGAAAAUAUUCGGAUAACUCGGACGCUUGGGAUGAUAUCAGUGACGAAGAGAAACAAGAAAUAGGUGUCAAUGUUUUACAUGAUGGCGAGUUUUGGAUUAGUUUCGAUGAUUUUUUUGCAAACUUUCAUCAAUUACACAUCUGUCAUCGAGGUCCAGCUAGUUUAGGAACCACCGAAGAAGAUGCAGGUGUCUGUUCAUGGAAUAAUCUCUUUCGAGAUGAUAAAUUAACCUGGAACGAAGAGUUAUUACAUGGCGAAUGGAUUCCAGGUUCGACUGCAGGUGGUUCGGGUCAACCGAAUAAAGAGAAAUAUUGGACAAAUCCACAAUAUUUAGUUCGAUUGAACUUUAUUGAUGAUGGCGAUGAUGAAAAUUUAUGUACAAUGAUCAUUGCAUUAAUGCAAAAAGAUACGCGACAACGUCGUAUUCGCGGUCUUGAAGGUGAAGAUUAUGUUCAAUUUCGUGUUUUUAAGGUAAGACAUUAG